CGUCAACUACAUCCGGGUAACCGUGGUGACCUUGGUUGGAGUAUCAUCAUGGCGGCGAUCGUCAGGUUGAGUUCUGUGUGUCGCAGAGGAGUUAGACCUCUGUUGUACCAAAGCACUCUGUUGUCCCGGCCGCUGGUUGUACCUCAUAAAUACCAGGAGCAGCCCCACCUGCUGACAGCGAGGAUCCAUGCGUCCCAGGCUCUAUAUGCCGGCGCCGGCUCCAAAGCCGCCUCCAUGCACUGGACAGCGGAGCGAGCGCUGAGCAUCCUGCUGCUGGCCAUGGGACCCGUGGCCUAUUUUAGCCCUGGUCCUGUCAUUGACUAUUCCCUGGCGGCUGCCCUGACACUGCACGGCCACUGGGGCCUGGGGCAGGUGUUGACAGACUACGUUCACGGGGACGCGAAGAUCAAGGCCGCCAACGCAGGCCUCUUCCUCCUGUCCACCGUCACCUUCGCCGGCCUCUGCUACUUCAACUACAACGACGUCGGCAUCUGCAAAGCCAUCGCCCUGCUCUGGAGCAAAUGAAUGACUGUGGACUUGCGAGGAACCAGAGGCCGGGACGGGAGCAAUCCUGUACUGGCCGAUUUGUAAAAAAAAAAUUCAAGGUGUUCUAUGUAAAUUCUUAUAAAUAUAUAUUAUGUUGACCAUUUAGACAGUGAUUGACAUGUGUUUAAUUGCAAUUCAUGUCUAUCAGUUCGGGCUCUGUCUUUUUGUCAAGUUCUUGCACAGCUAAGUCUGGGUUAUAAUUGGGCAACAGAAAUCCAUGAUCUUUCCUUGCAUGAUGAGCUUCUCUUUUUGUUCAGUGUCGACUAAAUUGAAGCUGUGUUCUCACUAAGCAACAUGUCCGGUUAUUAAAUGUCAAGACCCAAUAUUCCCAAAUACAAGAAAUCCAGUAUCUUGAUCUGCAGAUGUUAUAUUUACCAGGGACAUGCAUAUAAUUAGCUUCUCAUUUCAAUCGGGUAUUUUUAUCCAGGCUUGGGUCCUUUUUGUCGCUGACGUCUUAAAUGUACUUUCUUUCAAACACCAUGAGUAAACGCUUCAGGAAUAACAGUGCAGCACUUACACAUUGAACCUUUGUUUGUGAGGGACUUCACCCUCCACACCCCCCCUCUCCUACCAUUUAUAAACGAUUCAUAAGGUCAAUGUGUCUGUUGUUGCUACAGCCUCAUCAUCACAGCACAGUUCAGAGUGUACUCCUGUAUCUUGUCUGACAGAAGCAAACGCUGUUUGCAGCUUUAAAGUGAGAAAUGUUCCUCAGCCGAGUGGGCCGAGACUGUUUUGUGCAGAGUUGAGUGGAUUUGCUUGUCAUGGCCGGUUUGUGAAGGUUCAUUAAUGGUAAGGGAGGCUCGAUUUCAAAUCUAAGCCAUCCAGCAACUCUCAGCCGACCUGUGCAUCUCCGGCAGGAGAGAACACUCGUCAGCAAACAGUGCACAAGCCACAGCAGGGUCUGAGUUUAACAGCUGCAAAAUGCCGUCCUCUGCCAACCAAGUAUCACUCAAGACCUUAACGGUGUCAGUCAUAUGAAUACGUCUGUAACAUAUUGACUUCUGUUGUAUUUAAUGUAUGAACUACAAACUCAUUCCACUGUGUGAGUCAGCUAACUUCCAAUGGGGGGGAGACAAACCUUUAUUUUCACCGCUUGCAAAUUAUUUACACCCUUUAGGCUAAUAGGGCAAAAUGUCAAUGUAAUCUGGGGACAUUUACUCAGCAUAUAAUUGCUAGUCCUUGCAUGCAGCUAUUACCAGCAGUUCUUUUUGUGUGGCUGGACUGAGCAGGGUUACAGGUCGGGUUCACAGAUUCACUCCUUUGUCACAAUGUUCAUGCAGUAAAUGUUUAUGAGCGCUAACGAGUUUGGUGUUGGUCUGUUUGCCUCCAUCGUCAAUUUGUCAUAUCUGUUCAGUUGAUGUCCUGUCAGAUUAUACGCACAAAAUUGUGAGACGAGUGCACUGCUCCUGCUUCAGUGGAAUAAACUUGUCUUCAUGGUUUCAUA